AUGCGACCGUCCAUCCAACUGCUCGCAACUGUGUCUCGCGGCCAGCCGUCAAAGCUGCGGAAGCCCGCCGUUGGCUUAGAUCAUUUUAUCCAAAGGCAACGAGUGCUGGGCCUAUGGCGUGAAAUUGUUCGCGCAUUGAACAAAAUUCCCCAAUCGUCCACUCGAGACGAACUGCAUAGUUACGCUCGCGAUGAGUUUGAACGGCAUCGCAAUGUUACAGAUCUACAACAUAUACGAUAUUUACUUUCGACAGGAAAGGCCGAGUUCGACACAAUGAGACGUUACAUCGACGAGCAAGUCCUUGGCUAA